ACUACUCCUCUUAAUGGCGCUAUAGAAGAGACCAUUCAGGGUUAUUUGACGAAGUGAAGGAGACUGAGACAGUCUCAUCAGACUCGUUGCCUGGCCUGUUCAGCCUUGGCGCGGCCACAAACCAAGCCUCUGCUCUCACCAUCUCGUCGAAAUACCACCAACUCCCACUGCUCAAACCCUUUUUCGUUUUGCAGUUCCUCCAAAAUCUCUCUACAACGACUACUUCUCACAGUCCAAACCCAUCCAAACAUCUCCUUCAAAUCACCUUUUCCGAACUCUCUUGCAACAAUACUCAACCUCGUCAUGUCAAGCAACGACUUUGUUGCCCGUCUCAUGCGCAACCCUGCCGAAGCGGAAAUCGACAGAUUUCUUCAGACUCGCAGUGGCAAGCAGAUGGUCCAGUUGUUUCGUUUAAUCCCAGACCCUAAGGCACAGGCUGCGCUCACAGCAAGGCUGCUGCUGCUUGGACCUCCAGUCAAUGACACUCGCUUCACCACUUCAGAGAAACCCAAGAAAGCUCUCAACGCGUUCGUUGCUUUCCGAUGCUACUACGUCACGGCCUCUGAGUUGAAGAAGUGGCCCAUGAAGAAGCUCUCCAGCAUCAUCGGACUUCUCUGGGAAGGCGAUAUGUACAAGUCCUACUGGUCUUUGUUCGCUAAGGCCUGGUCUGCCAUCCGCGACCAAGUUGGCAAGGAUGAAGCUCCCUUAGACCGGUUCCUCAUCAUCAUCUGCGGUCACCUCAAUAUACCUGAACCUGAGUCAUACCUCGGCUUUUAUGGUUGGUCUCUCUCAAUCAAUAAAGACGGUAAUCCUAUAAUCUCUCGCGACGGCUCUCCCGAGUUCGCAUGCAUCGGCGCCGGAGUUGUGGACAUUGCGCUCUCAGUUGAGGACAUCAUCGCCUAUGUCCAGUCAAUGGGAUACGCGCCUACCUAUGCCGCUAUCGAGAGCACUUCAUCGUCGACUUUCCUCGGACGCUCUGUCAACUCAACUAUGGAGAAGGGUGGUUUCGCCUUGGGAGCGACACCGAUCGCAGCGCCUGUGAUCGACCGCCGCAUUGUUGCUCGCAACAAGCGCCGCGCGAGGCGAGAUAUUGCUAGGACUUCUGCUUUGAGGAUAAACAUCGAGCAAGACAUCCUCGCCGCGCAUAUGGCUGUCCCUGAACACGCCGGCAAACACGUACCUGACCGUUGCCCAACUGCUGCUCUCCCCAACUAUGAUACCAACCCGUUCUAUCAGCAACUCGUUAAUUACCUCGACAGCCCGGCCAUAGACUCUCAAGAAGAUGCAGAUCUUCAGGCCGACGCAACUCUGAUCGACAAGGCAUUUGUCUCCGACCGCAUGGCUUACGGUGACAUCACCAACUUCGCAUCAAGCAUGGUCUUUUAUCCAAAUGAUUUUGACGCGUUUCGCCCAGGCGCCAACGAGGAUACAACACUUCCUACAUUCGACGAUUUCUCCAACGCUUGAUCGUGCGGACACGUAGCCUGUAUCUUCACAGUUUGUGCGACGCAGGCCCACACGUCACUGAUCAACGAUUCGCGCCUCUUGGUACCCUGCCGGACCCCACACACCGUCACUCAUUUGCAGUCGAUAUGUUCCGCGUUGCUUUGGCAACACAAUCGGCUUGCCUCCACAUCUCGAUCGGGCAUCCCCCUUACUUUGGC